AGAUCGCCCGGGGCUUCGGGCCGCAACGAAGCCCCAGCGAGUCUAUAUGAGGUCGCGCGCCCAAGGCAGGUACCCGUCACUUCUGGGCGGGAAAAAUCAAACUCCCGGUGAACGCCGCUUCGUCGGGUUUAAUUUAACGUUAAUUUAAGGCCCAACCGAGCUCCCUAAUGAUUGCCAUCCUAUUUCUGGUGUGCGUCGUCGCCGUCAAGGUUUUCAAAAAGAUCACCCCUAAUGGCAAGCUCACGGUCUACCUUGGCAAGCGAGACUUCAUCGAUCACCUCGAUUUCGUCGAUCCUAUCGACGGGAUCGUCGUCGUCGAGAAUGACUACCUCCAAGGCAGGAGGGUCUUCGGUCAGGUAAGCACUAUCUACCGAUAUGGUCGAGAGGAAGACGAGGUGAUGGGCGUAAAGUUCAGCAAGGAGAUGAUCCUAUGUCGAGAGCAAAUAAUCCCAAUUAAGAAGGAGAAGCAGGAAAAUACAGCGAUUCAGGAGCGAUUGCUGCGAAAACUUGGGCCCAACGCCUUUCCCUUCGUCUUUCACUUCCCAGCCAAUUCGCCGAGCUCGGUAACUCUGCAGCCGGGCGAGGACGACCAGGGCAAGCCUCUCGGUGUCGAGUACACGGUGAAGAUCUACGUCGCGGAGUCCGAAGAUGAUAAGGGACACAAACGAUCUUCGGUCACCUUAGCAAUUAAGAAAUUACAAUACGCCCCACCAACGCGCGGCCGCAGACUUCCAAGCUCAUUAGUAUCAAAGGGAUUUACGUUCUCUCAGGGAAAACUUAACUUGGAGGUGACGUUAGAUAAGGAAAUAUACUAUCAUGGCGAAAAAGUUACGGCUAAUGUGAUUGUUACCAACAAUUCCCGCAAAGCAGUUAAGAAUAUCAAGAUAUUCGUGGUACAACAUUGCGAAGUGACCAUGGUAAACGCUCAAUUCUCUCGCCACGUGGCCAGUCUUGAGACUCGGGAGGGCUGCCCCAUCACACCGGGCGCAUCAUUCACCAAGCAAUUUUAUCUCGUGCCGUUGGCCAGCAGCAACAAGGAUCGCCGCGGUAUCGCCCUCGAUGGCCAUCUCAAGGACGACGACGUCAAUCUCGCCUCCUCGACGAUGGUCGCUGAAGGCAAAGCGCCCAAUGAUAACAUGGGUAUCGUCAUCUCUUACUCAGUGCGUGUUAAGCUGAAUUGUGGUACACUUGGCGGGGAAUUGAUCACCGAUGUACCCUUGAAACUCAUGCAUCCCAGCCAAGGAGCUGGUGGCGGAGAUGGAAAAGACACGAAAGCUGCUAUGAAGAAGACAAAGAGCAUGGAGAGGAGUCGAUAUGACAAUUACGCCAACGACGACGACGACAACAUCGUUUUCGAAGACUUCGCACGCUUGCGAUUAAACGAGCCCGAAUAAAUUGUGACUGGGCUAUAAAAUGUAAUACAGGGCGCUCGUUCUGAAAGAAUAUAAAUUUACGACAAUGAAUCGUGAAAUUUUAUACGAAUUAGUUGGUAUUUUGCGAAACUGCGGUAAUUCGACGAGGAGGCCUUUAUGAACGAUGAAGCGCUUUUUUCAACAUUUCUUCUUUCAGAACGAGUAAUUGACAAGAUCUAACGAAGCCUAGAAGGACACGCGCUUUAAAAUGAAAAAGAAAAAAAUAAUAAAAAUAAAUAAAUGAAUAUAUAUUGACAACAUAGCAUAUGCGUUCGCUUAAGAGUAUAUACAAUGUAUGCCAUUAGAGCGCGACAUAUAAACAAAAAAAAGAGAAAAAAAUUAUUUGAAAACUUCGUUAACAUCGCUUUGGGGAUCUUCUUUCGAUUGUGGUGGUCGAAAGGGAAUUUGCCGCGAGGCGAACAAAAAAACUUGAUUUCAAGUAAGCUUAAUCAUUAAUAUUUAACGUUAUAAAAUAACACGUUUCCUACCUUACCAGAAGUGACAUGCAUCUAAUUAAUUAAAAUACCUAUUUCUUAUAAUUGUGGAUUAUAGUGGGCAUUUAUUAUCGAUAAAGUCU